AACUCCACCCUCCCCAGGUGACAGGUUGCAGGGCUGGACUGACUCAUCCCACACAUUCAGACAACACACACGGUGUCAUUAACGGGGACAAACGGUGUCUGGGUUUUCCCAUCACCUUCGUCCUCCCGAACAUCAUCAUCACCACCAUUAAUAUCGUAAUUACCUCGCUAAUUAAAGUCCCAGUUCUGUCCAAACAUCAGCAUGUAUCUGGAGAAUAAAAGUGAACUAGACCUGAAGUCCUCAGGAGUCACCCCAGGCCACCAGGGCAGAGCCAGCCUGAGGGCGGCGGAGGCGGUUGCCGGGAGCUACGGAGCUGCGGGGCAGAGCUACGGUGAGGUCGCCGGAAACUUUGGAGGUCUACGCCUGCUGGAAGGGUUCUCUGGACGAAGAGAUUCUCAGAAACUACAGCAGUCUGCUGCAAGGCCCCCUGGGAACUGCAUAAUUCACGCUGAAGAUGGUCACAGCUUCAAUGUGGUCAACUUCCUGAAGGGAAAGAACAACCCGGCUAACUCCAGCCACACAGAGAGAUCCCCUCUGCUCAGGUUCUCCCAGGAUGACAGUAUAACGUACAUGACCCUCUAUGAAGGGGAAGAGACAUGGGACAACAGUUUGGAGCUUGAGAGGAGGUGUCGUCUGGGGAGCGAAGUCACUAGCCUGUCCCUAUCACGAUCCUCCUCUACUGAGAAAGACAGCCUGGACCUACACCUCAACUUCAAACUCUCCAACAGCAUGAGAUCCUGCCUCUCUGUCUUCAAAAUUGCUUGUAUCUUCAUCCUCGUUGUCCUGACGUCUUUGUUCUUCAGUAUGUACCCAGAUAGAGACAACCCGUGGAGGAUGCUGGCUGUCUCCCCUACAGAGAGCUUCACGUUGAACCUGACAGAUUUCCGUGACAACGCCUUGUUGAAGCUUCAGGUGGGUGGGCCCUUCAUGAGUGGCAUGGUGGAUCUGACCAAUGAGGAGUACGUCUUCAUUCAGGUGGAGCAGACGGAAGAGGCGGGGCCACGGAGGAGGCGGGCUCAGACGGUGGUCUAUAAUUGGACCAUACCACUGCAUUCUGAACGGAGUGACCAGAUUAUAACAACAAAAAUAUUUAAGAUGCUGAGCAGCGACCCCAUCGUCAUCACGGUCCAGGCCUUGCUCCGGGGUGACGCUAUGGUUCCUCUUUCCAUGACUCACCAAUCGCUCUACGUCACCGUGGAAACGCAGGUGAUCAUCGCAGCGGUCAUCCUAGGGGGUGUCUACGUCCUCAUCAUCUUUGAGAUAGUCCACCGUACGCUGGCUGCCAUGUUGGGGUCCUUGGCUGCUCUAGCUGCUCUGGCCAUGAUCGGAGAUCGUCCCAGUCUGAGCACUGUUGUGGAGUGGAUUGACUAUGAGACUCUGGCUCUUCUGUUUGGCAUGAUGAUUCUAGUGGCUAUAUUCUCUGACACUGGCUUCUUUGACUACUGUGCUGUAAAGGCCUACCAGCUGGCCAGAGGCAGGGUUUGGCCCAUGAUCAUCAUCCUAUGCCUGAUAGCUGCCAUCCUGUCAGCCUUUCUGGACAACGUGACCACCAUGAUGCUCUUCACACCUGUGACCAUCAGGUUAUGCGAAGUCCUGAACCUUGACCCCAGACAUGUCCUGAUAGCUGAGGUCAUCUUCACCAACAUUGGUGGAGCAGCCACAGCAGUCGGCGAUCCGCCAAACGUCAUCAUUGUUUCCAACCAGGACCUCCGGAAAAGUGGGAUUGACUUCGCUAGCUUCACAGGCUACAUGUUCCUCGGGGUUUGCCUAGUACUACUCACCUCCUUCCCUUUCCUACGACUACUCUACUGGAACAAGAAACUCUACAACAAGGAGUCCAGCGAGAUUGUCGAGCUCCGGCACGAGAUCCGUGUGUGGAGGCAGACGGCUCAGUGUAUUAACCCAGCCAGCAGAGAAGAGACAGCUGUCAAAUGUCUUCUGAUGCAAAAGGUCCUGAACCUGGAAAGUCUGCUGCGGAUAAAACUGAAGACUUUCCAGAGGGAAAUUUCUCAGGAAGAUAAGAACUGGGAGAGUAAUAUUCAGGAGUUACAGAAGAAGCACAGAAUAACUGACCGGGUUCUGCUGGUGAAGUGUGUGUCAGUUCUGGGCGUUGUCAUCUUCAUGUUCUUCCUAAACUCCUUCGUUCCCAGCAUUCACCUAGACCUCGGUUGGAUAGCUAUCCUUGGGGCUCUCUGGCUGCUGGUGUUGGCUGACAUCCAAGACUUUGACAUCAUCCUUCACAGAGUGGAGUGGGCCACCUUGCUGUUCUUUGCUGCUCUGUUUGUUCUCAUGGAGGCUCUGGCCCAGUUGCAGCUGAUUGACUACAUUGGAGUGCAGACUGCACUGCUUAUUAAAGCAGUUCCAGAAGAUCAGCGGUUGGCCGUGGCCAUCAUCCUGGUCAUGUGGGUCUCUGCCCUGGCGUCCUCCCUCAUCGACAACAUCCCCUUCACAGCCACCAUGAUCCCUGUCCUGAUAAAUCUGAGUCAAGACGCAGAUGUCAACCUGCCUAUCAAGCCCCUCAUUUUUGCCCUGGCCAUGGGAGCUUGUCUGGGAGGAAACGGGACGCUGAUUGGUGCCUCGGCCAACGUUGUGUGUGCAGGCAUUGCUGAACAACAUGGCUAUGGCUUCUCCUUCAUGGAGUUCUUCAGGCUAGGUUUCCCCAUGAUGUUGAUGACCUGUACAAUGGGAAUGUGUUAUCUCCUGGCCACUGUCAUCGGGCUAGGCUGGAACCUCUAGCCUGCCGACCAACUGGACACUACCCAAAGAGACUCUGUGUGUGUGUGUUUGCCUGACUGUCUGUCUAUGUGCAUGUGAGUUAGUGUGUAAGAGGAUGUGAGCGCGUGUGUGUAUGCAAGUACAUUGAACGUCCAGUAGUCUGCAGCUCAAAACUCAAAAAUUAUGGAUAGCAUGUUGACAGGAUAUAAUGUGGAAAUCAUGUUGAUGGGAUGUCAUGUUGAUUUUCAUGUUGACGGGAUAUCAUGUGGAUAUCAUUUUGCGGGGAAUAUCAUGUUGAUAUCAUGUUGACGGGAUAUCAUGUGGAUAUCAUUUGGAGGGAUAUCAUGUUGAUAUCAUGUUGAUGGGAUAUCAUGUUGAUUUCAUUUUGGGGGGAUAUCAUGUUGAUUUCAUGUUGACGGGAUAUCAUGUGGAUAUUAUUUGGAGGGAUAUCAUGUGGAUUUCAUGUUGAUGGGAUAUCAUGUUGAUUUCCUUUUGAUGGGAUAUCAUGUUGAUUUCAUUUUGGGGGGAUAUAACGUUGAAAUCAUGUUGAUGGGAUAUCAUGUUGAUUUCAUUUUGGGGGGAUAUCAUGUUGAUAUCAUGUUGAUGGGAUAUCAUGUUGAUUUCUUUUUGGAGGGAUAUCAUGUGGAUUUCAUGUUGAGUGCCUUACUGUCACAUUCCAGGUAGAAUACCUAGUAGUUUGGCCAUCCAGCCAUUUGAUGCAAUGUGAGGAAACAAGCUAAACCAAGCAAGGGAAUUAAUCAUCUUCUACUUCAGGAAAACAGCCUCCCUCACCACAGCCCUGACUGACUUAAGAGCAUGAUUCCCUUCACAGCGCACUGCUCUGUCUACAAUGAGACAAAUUUAGAAAAACAGAUGUUCACAGGCCUCUUAGAUCCACAGACCUCCUAGAUCCACAGGUCUCCAAGAUCCAUAAGCCUCCUAGAUCCACAAGCCUCGUAAAUCCCAAGGCCACUUAGAUCCACAGUUCACCGUGAUCCACUGGGCUUUUCUACCCUGGGAUCUUUGCCUGAGAGCCCGCAAAGAGCUCUACAUCAUGGUGCUCUACAGCACAGGGCUCUACAUCAUGGUGCUCUACAGCACAGGGCUCUACAUCAUGGUGCUCUACAGCACAGGGCUCUACAUCAUGGUGCUCUACAGCACAGGGCUCUACAUCAUGGUGCUCUACAGCACAGGGCUCUACAUCAUGGUGCUCUACAGCACAGGGCUCUACAUCAUGGUGCUCUACAGCACAGGGCUCUAAUGCCUUUAUGUCUGUAUUAUGAGGAAAAUUAUUGGACUUAAUUGUUUUUAAUGAAAUAAUAGGUAAUUAGUAAUAAUUUGUUUGAGAAACGAUUAUAUCUCAGUAAAAUUAUGUGGAUUCAUCUUUAUGCCCUUUAUAACCAACACAAAUAUAGUAUUGUAACUAUAACUUACUUGCUAAAGGCCAAAGUGCCAAAGGCCCUGAGGUCCGGUUCAGCAUCAAACAAUCAGAAAUGGAGAAGGCAUGUAAAUCUAUAUGUAAACACAAUGAAUGCCAGGUUGUAACCUUGUACUCUGUAUUCUCUUAAAUACAAAUCCCGAUUUCAUACCUGCUGAUCUACUUAAGUCAUAUUUAACAUAGACAACACCUAAUGACAUCAGUGCCUCUGUGUUUCAGAGGACAUUUUCACGGUGCCCCAGUCAUAAGCUUGAGUCACUGUGGCUAUAGGUCUAACGUCAUCCCCACUUCACUGCGGCUAUAGGUCUAACGUCAUCCCCACUUCACUGCGGCUAUAGCAAUAGGUCUAACGUCAUCCCCACUUCACUGCGGCUAUAGCAAUAGGUCUAACGUCAUCCCCACUUCACUGUGGCUAUAGCAAUAGGUCUAACGUCAUCCCCACUUCACUGCGGCUAUAGGUCUAACGUCAUCCCCACUUCACUGCGGCUAUAGCAAUAGGUCUAACGUCAUCCCCACUUCACUGCGGCUAUAGCAAUAGGUCUAACGUCAUCCCCACUUCGCUGUGGCUAUAGCAAUAGGUCUAACGUCAUCCCCACUUCACUGCGGCUAUAGGUCUAACGUCAUCCCCACUUCACUGCGGCUAUAGCAAUAGGUCUAACGUCAUCCCCACUUCACUGCGGCUAUAGCAAUAGGUCUAACGUCAUCCCCACUUCACUGCGGCUUUAGCAAUAGGUCUAACGUCAUCCCCACUUCACUGCGGCUUUAGCAAUAGGUCUAACGUCAUCCCCACUUCACUGUGGCCUCCUCCGCCACACCCACACUCCAGAAUCCACCCGUGUCUGGAGCAACCGUGGAACUGGGAAACUGCGAUGGCAAUUAUGGACAAUAAAACGUACCAAGUGGUCGAGUUGUACCUGGCUAAUCUUUUCCGUAUGAAGACAAACCCCUCACACAGUGUGGGACAUUGUCUUCCUGACACUUUGCUCUUCCUCUUCAAACCUCCCCCUCAUCCUCAUGAUGUUGCCUACCUUCCCCCGCGUGGGUGAUCAAGCCCGCAUCCUCAUGGAGUGAUCUAGUCCGUCCGUCAAAUAGGGGUCCAGCCGCUCCCUUCAUUAAGUGGUCCAGCCUCCCUCUCUUGAGGUGGUCUAAGUCUCUCCCCCAUGAAGGUGUCUAGCCUCCCCCUUUCUAAUGUGUAAUAAAUACUGUGAACGUCUCCCAGGCUUUCUUCCCUGUCUGGCUCAGUUGGUGGAAUGCAGUCAGAGCCUCGGCCAUCUCUCUCCCACCCACAUUAACUCUCAUUAUCUAGGGCUAAAUAAACCCAGGAAGAGUUUGAGUGAUAAUGCAAAUCUGUAAACAGUGCAUUAAAUA